CAGAUUUUCGGGCGGGCGCGCCUUUUUUCGGGAUGUCCGUGCCAUGUGGGCGCUGUCAAGUGAUCCAGGACGUGGCGAACGGCUGGGAGGGCUUUUGCCUGGGGCUGCAGCUCUUGGACAAUUCCUCCACCACGGACUUCUGCCGCGCCCGGUGCUGCGACGACCCCAACUGCGAGGUUUGGCAGUGGGGCACCUCCCGUGAGAACUCGGCCUCCAGGGUUGGACAGUGCUACACGGGCCGCGGCCUGGAGUGCCAAUCCGAGCGCUUCGACAACCUGCUUGUCCUGGCGGGACAACGUAUUUCCCACGGCACUGUGUCGGAUACCAUCCAGCUGGAGAAGGGCCGUUGGUGCCGGGGCACUGGCAUGAAGCAGGCGGAGGUGGCGGCGGUGAGCGCGGCUGGCACCUACAAAGCUGAAGUGCUGCAGUGCCGGGACGUUUGCUACCAAGAUUCCGCCUGUUCCAUUUGGGAGCACAGCACCCAAGACGGGUGUUGGUUCGGCUACUCGGACCAGUGCUCCCGGCAGUUCCCGGAGGCGGCCACCAUGGUGGCCGGGGAGCGGGUGGCCCGGGCCUGCGGCCCCGGGGUGCAGCUCCAGGAGCCGACAGACUAUGUCAAGGUCUUUGGAAUCAUCGGCUUUGUGGCCUUUUUGCUCUUCUGCUGCGGCAUCUUGGCAUCUCUGCUCAUGCUCUGCACAGAAACCGGCAAGACGCGCCGGCUGUCCCAGUCCCAGGAGGAUUUGGAUGACUCGUCCAGGGAGGUUCCUGCAGGCCGCCCCUUGGUGGAUGCCGCGUCCAUGCUCCGGCAGCAGCAACAGCAGCAGCAGCUACAGCAUCAACAGCAACUGCAGCAGCAGCAGCAGCUACAGCAGCAGCAGCACUUCCGGCCACCAAUCAGGGGCCCUUUCCAGCAACAGCGGCCGCUGUGACGACAUAUGUGAGGCCACCGUGCGAAGGCUUCGUUCCCUCAAUCAAUGCCGUCCAGAAACUCGGAG